CGCCUGAGCAAGGAGAGAUGAAUCCCCGCCACUGCCAGCACCAAACGGGCUACGCCCGACGGUGCGAACGGGCGGCGGCAAGGGAGGAGAUGGAGGGAGGGGGUCCCCGGCCGGCGGCGCCCUAGGGUUUCCCCUCGGUCGCCCACGGGGACGACACGGGAGGAGGAGGGGAGUCUGUGUUGUUUUCUCUCUCUCUCUCUCUCUCUCUCUCUCUCUCUCUCUUAAUACUACACUAGGGUAGCAUACUUGAGUUAAGAUAUGCUACAUGGCAGAAACGGUUGUUUUUCAAUUUUCUGUAGUAUUUAUCAUGAUGAAACAUGCCAUGUUUGUUCUCUUAUAUUUGGCUCAAAAUCAACUGUGGACAGCCUAAGCUCAUAAUUAUCACGUACCAUGCUAGGAAGGAUCCAAUCCAGUUGUCAUAUAAAACUCCAGUAAAAUGCACGAUAAAUGAAAUUUUGUUAGUUUUGAUCACCUGGUAGGUUGUUUUAUUCUAGGGUGAAAAAAGAUUCAUGAUUUUUUUUCUGAACCAAGUAGCAUAUCAGGUAGGAAGGUGAAUGCUCUAUUGAAUAUUGAUAACAAUACGGGAAAAAAUUACUAUGGAUUGGUUUCGGGAAAAAGAAUCUGUCUAUAUGGAUUGUUAGGCUUGGAUCAAUAUGCCAUGCAUGACUUGAUUUGUCUUAACAUCUCUUUAGAAGAAACAUUAUCAGAUAAAGAGAGUCCAUUGGUUGUCAUUUCGUAAUCAUAAGAGUCCAUUAAAUUUGUGGCCAACAUCUUUUUUUUUUUGGAAUUUUCUAUUUAGAUGAAUGUGGAGAUUUUGUAAUACUAUACGAGUGUAGCAAGUCUUGAGUACAUAUAUGCUAAAUGGCAUAACAUACAUUUUCAGUUUUCUGUAGUAAUUUGGCUCAGUGUGGAACGGAAUCAACGGAUUAUACUCAUAAUUAUCAUCUACCAUUGUCAUAUCCUUACUGAGGAUUUCUCGCUCAGAUUUCGGAUCGAGAAGGGGAUACUUGGGGAAGAAGAAGAAACCAGAGAGAUAGGAGGUAGGAGGAGAUGUGAGCUAUUUCAUUUAGUCGCUGCCAAAUCCAGCCAACGGUCUAGCUUAUAUAUAGCUCGUACAUUUUCACACACUCAGCCCACCAGGCCCUCACACUUACAUGGCUGAAAGCCCAAAUAAACAAGACACUCUCAGAUGGCCCACUUGUUAUUCAAACAUUUCCCUUGGUGCCGCUCUCGGCCUCCUUUAGCUUCCUAUUCCCUGGUUCUGCAGCUGUCAGGGUGUAAUCAAAUUGUUAUAUGUGCUCCCAUAAAAAGCAAGAGACGUGGAAAAUUGGUAGUUUUGAUCACCUUGCAGGUUGUUUUGUUAAGGUGGAAAAAUUGUAUCGGGUUCCUACCUGCACGGCAUGUUGAAUGCUAAAUAGAAUCAUGCAUGCAUUAGUUUCCGCAAAAUAACUCAACUUAUAUGCAUUGGUAGUUUGGACCAAUAUGGAACUGUAGCCAUGAUAUUGUCUUGAGAAUUAGGCAAAUAGUAAAUCCAUUAUGUGUCGAAUGUAGUGCAGCUGUAGCUCUUUUAUUCUCAUAUAGAAGUUCACCCUGACGAUCGUCAAAAUUACUAUGAAUUCAAUUUUUCUGUGAAGAGACUUAUCAUUUUCACUAUCUAUUCCUGAUCUGUUCCUAUGUAUUUCCGUAAAAUGGUUCACAAGGUAUCAGAAUGAAAGUAAAGGGACUAAUUAGUGAAGUUGUAACUAACCACUAGAUUUUACUCCCUACGUCCCAAAAUAAGCGUCUCAAUUUUGUACUAACUUUAGUACAAAGUUGCACUGAAGUUAAGACACUUAUUUUGGGACGGAGGGAGUACUUAUUUCACAUUCUCUCUCUUUGCAUACAGAUGGCUAUGGGGCUCAAAUUUUCUAAAUUUGUUGGUUCCUGCGGUUAUGCCUCAAGGAUAUUAAUUUCAGAUGGCUGAAGUGUUUUGUUUGACAGAGAAUGUGCUUCAGUAUUAGCUCAGACACUAUUGACAGAAUAAAGUUCAUUUUGUUUGAUUUAUAUUGCAAUUAAGAAGGAUGUUGGGUUUGCCAACCAAUGUUGCUGGUAUGUAGAUUUAUGUUUUACCACCAUAUGGUCCAUUUUAUGGUAUAUAAAGAUUUUUAGUUGUCUAAAUUUCUUAAGUGUAUUUUAUGUUGGCUUAAUAAGGUUUGUUACAGCAAAUGUGAUUCUUUUGUAUUAUCAGUAUGCAAUUUUUUCUAUUUAAAUUUUCCAUCGUAUAAGCAUACCUACUCAUUUAGUUUACAUCAGACAUUUCUACCCUGACUAUGGGCUGCUUAAACUAGUAUGAGUUUCCUUUCUACAAAUAUUUAUAUAUUUAAGUGUGUUUUGCACAUUGUUUGUUUAUAAUAACUGUGGGCAUGUACUGGGGAGAAUUUGCAUAGGAUAACAACAUUAUUGAUACUAAUAUUGUUAUGACCGGCAUAUUAGGGGCUUAGCCCAGUUUAGCCCAGUUAGUUGUGGCCCACUUUAUCUUAUUGUUAUUAGGGGCUUAGCCCAAUUACCUUAUUAGGAGGAUUAUAUAAACUCGUGUAAGGACCCGUUUUGGGAUUAAGCAAGAAGCAAUCAUAUUUGCUCGGCUUCCUUAGGGAGCCGGGAGACCUAGCCGGCGACCACGCCUUUCUCAACCAUCCCUCCUUCCACCCUACAACCUGAGACCACGCCUUGAUAGGGAUCCGGUUCCUACCAAUUUGGUAUCAGAUAGCUUCGGUGUGAUCAUGUCCUCGCCGCCGCCCACCCCGACCCUCCCGCUGCCGACCGCGACGACCGCCCCGAUGGCCACCACGGCCAGCGCCCCGCUCUUGUCGGUGCCGGUCACCUCCGCCACGCCCGUCCCCGUCGUCUUCACCUCGGAGGAGAUGACGGCUGUCAUCCGAGAUCUCACCCAGGCGGUCACGGACAUCUACACGUUCCUCGCGAGAUCCUAUGGGCCGCAGCCGCCUGUGCCCUUCGCCAACGCCCCGCCGCCGCAGCAGCCGUCGUGGCAGCCGCCGUCCUCAGCGACCCCCGUCGCCGCCACCAGCGACAAACCCCGGCGCCUCCACCAUGCAGCAGGGGCAACAGCUGCAGCCGCCGCCACCGGCGAUUGCGGCCCUGGGCAUCCCGACGACGGGCCCGGGGGUGCCCAUCCACCAGGUCCAGUUUCCCCCGUCGCCGUCUCCAUUACCGGUCUGGCUCGCUGGGUCCCUUGAGCCGGUCUACACGACGGCCUCGGUCGGGCCGCACGUGCUGCCCCUGCUGACGACGCACCCGGCCAUGCAGUUUGGCGGGUGCUCGGGCUCCGCCGAGCCCUUCGCCAGCGUCGACGGGUCCUUGUUCCAAGGCGGCACCCUGAUGCUCGCCUAUUUGGCCCCGUCAUCCUCGCUGCUUCGUGCUGACGAGGUGCACCCGCCCGUCGUCCACGUCCAGACGCCGCCGAGAUUCUCCAAGCUGGAGUUCGUGACCUACGACGGCACCGUCGACCCCCUGAAUUGGCUCAACCAAUGCGACCAAGCAGGGGACAGCGCACGCUUGCGUCCGACCGCACCUGGAUCGCCUCGUAUCAUCUUCGAGGAGCCGCACAAACGUGGUACUACGCCCUCGAACAGGAAAAGGGCGGCAUGCCACCAUGGGAGCGCUUCCGCGAUUUGUGCAUCUUGCUUCGGUCCGCCUAUACGCAGGAGCCGUCUGGCGGAGCUUGGGCGUCUUUCGUUCCUCACCUCGGUGCAAGACUUCGCCGACCGCUUCCAGGCCCUGGCGUGCCACGCCCCCGGCGUUUCGGCUCGUCAGCGGGCUGAGCUCUUCGUUGGCGGCCUACCGGGCCACAUCCGCGUGGACGUGGAGAUGCGCGGGCCACAGGACCUUCAGACGGCCAUGUACUACGCCCGCGCGUGGCCAUCCAGCAGGCGCCACCGCCCCGGGCCGCUAGGCCGCCACCCUGGCCGGAAGUUCCCGCCCAAGGUCGGCUUGCCCAGGCUUCCGCGGCGUCCCUUGAGGGUUGUGCUUCAACUGCGACGAGCCCUACGUACCGGGCCAUGUCUGCCAACGACUCUUCUACCUGGAGGCUGCAGACUACAUUGAGGAGGACCCCGCCGCCGCCGGGCUCGGCAACCAGCCCGCCCCAGUUGACGCGGAGGUGUUUGGCGACCGUUGAUCUUCCCCGCCUUCCAGCUCGAGGACGAGCUGUUGUGCAGGCGGGGAGAGAUGUUAUGACCGACAUAUUAGAGCUUAGCCCAGUUAGUUGUGGCCCAGUUUAUCUUAUCGUUAUUAGGGGCUUAGCCCAGUUAUCUUAUUAGGAGGAUUAUAUAAACUCGUGUAAGGACCCGUUUUGGGAUUAAGCAAGAUGCAAUCAUAUUUGCUCGGCUUCCUCAGGGAGCCGGGAGACCUAACCCUAGCCGCCCCCCUGCGCUCUCUCUCUCUCGCGCGCGCACGCAACGACGGCCCCCUAGCGUUGGCGACCACGCCUUUCUCAACGCCAUCCCUCCUUCCACCCUACAACCUGAGACCACGCCCUGGUAGGGAUCCGGUUCCUACCAGAUAUACUCCCUCCGUUCAUAAUUAUAAGACCUUUUAGAGAUUUCAACAUGAACUACAUACGGAGCAAAAUGAGUGAAUCUAUACUCUAAAAUAUGUCUGUAUAUGUCCGUAUUGAAAUCUCUAAAAGGUCUUAUACUUAGCUUCUAUCCAUUUCCCUUUAUUCAGCCACCCGUAUCACAUUCUUAUGAGUAAGCAUGGUUUGUAAAUACAAGUGUUCGCAAAAAUAUUAAGGGUCUUUUACAUCUGUGUCCCUAACUGGAACCCACUACUCAUAUUUGCCCUUAAUUUCGAAGUGUGCUCAAUUUUGCCCCUCUGCCGUUAGGUGCACUUAUAGAAAUGUCCUUCCAUGCCGUUUCCGUCCGGUCAAAGUGGGUUGACUGGUAUCUGGCCGUUUCUUUGACAAUCUUGCCCCUGUCUCCCUGUGUCUCUUACGGAUGGGACCCACUCCAAUUGUUUUGGUAAAAAACCUAUCUCUCACACACUUCCACGUGGGUCCUGGCUAAAAACUAAAAUGAAAAAUAGAAAAGGACUAGUCAAACUAGAUAUUAGGCCCACAUGCCAUUGGCUUAUCAGUAUUGUCUCAAAUAAUUUUUUUAAUUAACAGUGGAUUAGGCUUCCUCAAUUAAAAACCGUGGCUUAGGCCGACGGUCGCCGGCGACGACCAAUUCCCACGCCGGAGGCACACAGGAAGGCCGCAAGGAGGCCGACCGAGAGGACCAGGCGAUAGCCCUCGAUCUACCGCGUGCGGGGAUAUUGUCGUCGGACCAUAUGGUCGCCGGAACAAACGGCGGCGACCAUUCUCGCAGCGGCUCUGGGCGGCACAAGUGGGGGAGCUUCCAUGCGAGCGGGAGGGAGAGGGAAAAAGGCUGUGAGGGGGAUCUUCCAUCACUAGGAUCACGAUGGCUACGCCGCUCGGGCUAAGAGAAGGCUAGAGCAAGGACUUCGACGAUGGCGGCCAUGGCAGAGCUCAGAGCUCGCAGGGAAGAAAACCCGAGCUCAUGGCGCUUGCUGUGGAGGAAGCCCACGUCUUCUUAGGUACAUCACGAUGCCCGGGGAGCAGGCGGAAUCGACCGGCGUGCCUCAAUGGCGUCGAAUCGAAGGCGGCAACCGAGACUGGAGGCGGGAAGAUGCGUUGUAGCGCUCAAUCCUUGAUGUCUCUGGUCGAAUUAGUAGGCCGGUAGGAUGCGUUCAUGUCGUAAGAGCUUCCCGGCGAGUUGGCGGGGCUUGGGGGUUGCCCUUGGCCACGUUCUUGACAGACGACGGCGACAGGUCACUCUCCAGCGUGCUUGCGGGAGAGGGCUCAAGGGCGGGAGAGAGAAAGCAGGCUAGCGGCAGAAAAAGAACGAGGGCGAGAGGAUGCGGCGUCAGGGGAGGACAGCGGUAGAGGCGGCGCCCGUUCGGCACUCUCACCGGAGUUGAGAGAGAGUGGCGUCGGCCCGUCGUUCGGCAGGGAGAGAGAGGUGAGAGAAAGAAAAAUAUUUUUUUGUCUAGCUAGGACCCACAUGUAAGUGUGUGUGAGAGAGAUGGGGGUGAGAGAAAGUUUUUUUCAAAAAAAAGGGAGUGGGUCCUACCGGCAAGUGACACACGAAGACAGGGGCAAAAUUGUCAAAGAAACGGCCAGAUACCGGUCAAACAGCUUUGACCGGACGGAAACGGCACGGAUGGGCAUUUCUAUAAGCGCACCUAACGGCAGAGGGGCAAAUUUGAGCAUGCUUUGAAAUUAGGGACAAAUCUGAGUAGGUGGUUCGAGUUAGGGACAGAAAUGCAAAUGGCCCAAAUAUUAAU